GUUAAGCGCCACCGUCGCUAGCACAACAUCGGACUGGAUGACAGAAGCACCAGUGUCUCAGAGCAUCUAUGAGUUCACCAUGGGCAGUGGAAAGGGCAAUCCUGUGGUGUACUUGGACAUUGCUAUCGGACACGAUCCGUUGCGACGUCUGCGCUUUGAGCUGUUUUAUCCCCAAUUGCCCAUCACAGUGGAAAACUUUCGACAGCUUUGCACGGGUGAAGGCGUCGACAAAGCUCGAAAGAAAAUGCUCUGGUACAAAGGCUCCAACAUUCACCGCGUGAUACCUAGCUUCAUGAUGCAAGGAGGGGACAUCACGCAUGGGAACGGCAUUGGCGGGUCCUCGGCAAACUCGCGCACAUUUGACGAUGAAGGAUUUAUGUUCAAGCACAUGCGAGGGACGUUGUCUAUGGCGCACCAAGCCAACACCAACAAGUCCCAGUUCUUUGUGUGUUUCCGAGAGUGUGGCUGGCUCAACGGCAAACACGUUGCGUUUGGCCAAGUGAUUGCAGAAGACUUGGCGUACUUGAAGGACUUUGAAGACGUGGGGUCGUCCACGGGGCUGCCUCUGAAACCGAUUGCGAUUCUGAACGCAGGACAGCUGUGCGGAAUGAACUUUGCAGAUGCCACCGACAUGGGCCAGGAUGACGACGACAAGGACGACGACGUUGCGGUGGGCGGAGGAGGGGGCUCAAUGUAGCCUUCCUUGACCAUGCACAGUCUGAGGUGUUCGAGCAACAAGAUCGAAAGCGAUGGACGGACAAGCGAAAGCAAACUCAAAACGACAAGUACAGUAUCGCAGUUACUAUCGUACAGUAUGCUGCCGAGGUAACCCCGACACUAUUACAUUUUGACAGCGGAGCUGGGCGAGUAGUUCAUGGUCACUAGUAUUGUACUAGGAUAGUGACAUCCAGUAUGUCUAACCUAAUCGAGCACGUGAAGUGUACGACCGGG